UAAGGAUUUUGGAAGGAAAACUAAAGAAUUGUAGAGAUCCUUGUUCCGGAAUUGUCAUUGUGUCAAAGAUGGCGGUGCCAGAAGACAGUGUGCAUACUGUAAAAACGAAACGAUUAAAAACUGACAUUAAUAUCAACGAAAUAAAGAGCAUUAAAUGCUCAGCGGAUAAUUCAUGUCUUCUCGUUGCAAGGAAAGAUUCAACGCUGCAUGUUUUGCAUGUGAAAACUGGAGAAACAAGCUUCGUUUCUGAGCAAGUCAAAGAGUGAGUUUGGACUAUCUUCCUUUUUUGUGCUGUUUGCUUUCAUGAUUUUGCGUUUUAUUUUCACAUAUUGAUUUGCUCAUCCUGUACUAGUUUAUGUACGGAGAUAUACAACCUAUGAAUAGAACGUUGCAUAGUAUAUACCAUUAUCAAUUAUGCACAUGCAAAGUUUUAUUUAAUUGGUGGUUUGCAAUCAAUCCUUGAGCUGUAUAAUGUCUCAAUCAAUUCCACGGGUGCCCAACACCCCCCCGGGCGUUUGUCGGGCUUUUGUCAUUUUGGCGAAAAAACAUUGCAAAUGCCCCAGUAUAGGGUCCAAAUAAUGCAACAAAAUCCCCACCCUUGGGGACUUACAUUGAUGCAAAUGCCCCACCCUUGGGGGACAAAAUAUAAGUUUUCUGAGGAUUUCUGAUCCAAAAAAUCGAAUCCAAGCUCUAUCACGUAUCAAUAUAUCUGUAUUUAAAAUCGAUUCUAUAGCCAUUUCGUUUUAAAACGUUUUUAAUUAAAAUAUUGAAGUCAGUCUCAAAACUUUAUAUAGCAAUAUCACACUGCAGAAGUAAGUCAAUGUAUCAACAGGAUGGACAAGAAAAAAGUCUUGUGUAUGUCCGCCAUGAUUAAUUUGCGAUACGCACGCUCAUGUAAACAUGCGUACUAAAGUACGGCUAAAUGGCGAAACAAGCAAUAAAUAUUCGACUUUUUAGCCUCGAGCAAAUUCCCCACCCCGGGGCUAACUUGCAGAAAGCAAAUGCCCGACCCUGGGAACAAGUACAGUUGAGAAUGCCCGACAAACGGGGGGGGGGGGAUGGGCAACCAUGGAAUUGAUUGAGACAUAAGACAAAGAUACGGAGAGCAAGUUUGAGGAAAACGAGUUUGAAAGACAAUAGCUGUUUAAGUCCAUCAGAUUCACCAUCAUCAUCACCACCACCAUCAUCAGAACCACCAUCAUCAGAACCACCAUCAUCAGCACCAUCUUCAUCUUCACCACCAUCAUUGAUCAUGGUGAUGAUGAUUGUGGUGAUGGUGAUAGAGUGUUGAUGGUUGUGAUAGAGUGUUGAUGGAUGAUAGAGUGUUGAUGGUGAUAAUGGUGGGUGAUGAUGUGGUCAUGUUGAUGGUUCUGGAGAUGGUGGUGGUGAUGAUGAUGGUGAUGGUGGGCAGGUGAUGUAUGAUGAUGGCAGUGUUGAUGAUGGUGGUUUGAUGAUGGUAGUGGCAUUAGUGGUGGUGAUGAUGGUGGCGAUGAUGAUGGUGAUCAGGAUGGUGGUGAUGGUGUUGUUAACUUGGUGUUGGUUACUUGGUGUUGGUUAGGGGAUUGUUCUUGCCUUCAGCUAUCUGGCUUCUCACAAUGAAAUAGCAGGCCAGGUCAUUUAACACAAAUUUCUAGAUUUAUGUGGAGCACUCCUGGAAACACUUCAACGCUGAACAGAAGUCCGACCUUUGCUGUCUUACAUCAUGAUGGAAGUGUUGAAGUAUUUGACGUUCAAAAGAAAAGUGUUAUCAAGAAACAAACAGAAGAGAAGUCUCUGACACAUGUUGGAUUGUUAACUAUUGCAAACAUUCAAGGAUUAUUGAAAGGAGAAGGUAGAUUUUUUAUUUAUUUAUGGAAUUAACCCAUUGAGCACCAGCACCCUCCCCUUGACCAGUAAAAUUGUCUGGCAUUAGACAGAGUAAAAUAAUAAAGUAGGGAGUAUUAUUGUGCAAUGCCACUUAAUAGGUUAGGCUGCAAUUCACAGGGAUGGAUCCAGCAUGAUCUGGUAGGGGGGGGGGGGGGCUCUGGUGCAGACUGCCGAGUUGUGUCGCUCAUGUGUGCCGCCCGCCCAUCAACUACUGUAUUUGAAUUGUAAUUGUUGUUCACAGUUCACUUAUCAUCAUGUUAUUACUCAAAUUACUGUAUCUCAUUUUGUCUUUUUUGCUUUAUCAUAAAAAUAGCACCCCCCCUGCACCCCUCUGGUCAGGGGGAGGGGGGUGUGCACCCCCUCCCAGUAAAUCCAUCCCUGAAUUCACUCCUAUAAACCCUUAGAAAACCUGCUUAUGAUUCUUAAUCCAAAUCAUUCUUUUUCAGAAGUGUCUCUGAAAUCAUUUAAAAUUAUUGAUUCUCAGCAAGUUUCAUCAACAGACGAUGACCAUGUAGAUCAUGUGACAUUGUUAUUUGGUGGCUAUCUUAUUGUGGUGUUGUCGUUUGGCCUGGUUGCAUCAUCUGAUCUUGUGAGAUGGUGUGAGAUUGUUAAGGAUAUAUCCAGUGUACCAUUCCUGUUGCCCCAACAAGCAAUUGCUGAUGUCAGUGUUGCCAAGGAGAUGUUGUUUAUCUUGUAUCAACAUGGAAUGGUGAGUGGCAACAAAGGGUUCUUCUCUUAGUCUAGUCCCAGGUCUUCCCAUGGGACUGGAUAGAUUUUGACCUGUGGGAGAAGGCUUAGUGGAAUUUGUCAACUUGGUCUUAGUCCUACAUGUAUUGUCUUCAAAUAUUAUAGAUAGUUGUAUACAACAUGAUAAAUUGGACAUUUUAUGGAUGGAUUGAUGCAUUUCAAUCAAUUGAACAACAUUCUAAAGGUACGAUGAUUCCACAAAGCAUUUCUACAUACUGUAUAUUUCUUUACUUGCUGACAGUUAUAUAUUGUAACUUUCUCUUGUACAGAUGGGAUUGGACAACCUUCACCAAAACGACCAACAGCAAAAAUCCUUGAUGUUGAUGACACUGCAUUCACUCUUAAUAUCUGUGAUGAUAGGAACUAUGUGACCGUUAUUAGUGUAAAUAAAUACUUUGAGUUUUUUCCUUCAAAUUUGGAGUCCAAGGAUGGUGUGGUGAAAGCUACAGAGAGGGAGAGACCGGGUAGAAACCAGGAGUUGGAGCAGAAUCUGUGUGGUGAUGCAUUUUGGCGAAGCGAGAUCUCAGCAAUUGCUAGAAAACUUGAUGGUGAUUCAGGUAUAGUGUAGGUGAUGAUGGUGAUGAUGGUAGUGGUGAUGGUAAUGGUGAUAGUGAUGGUGGUUGUGGUGAUGAUGGUGGUAGUGAUGAUGGUGGUGAUGAUGACCAUGAUGAUGAUGGUUGUGAUGGUGAUCAUGAUGAUGAUGGUAGUUGUGAUGGUGAUGAUUAUGGUACUAAUGGUAGUGGUGUUGAUGAAAAUGGUGAUGGUGAUGAUGAUAAUGAUGAUGAUCAAAAUGGUGACAGUGAUGGUGGUGAUGAUGGUAGUUGUGAUGGUGAUGAUUAUGGUAGUACUGUUGAUGAAAAUGGUGAUGAUCUUUCUUUUGUUAGACAAGACCACUAAGAAAGAAAUCCGGCAACAUUUGAAAACUAAAGAAACCGACCUAGAUCACCCGUUUGUUGAAACACCAUGGUCAAUCAUUAUUUCCUCACCCCCCUGGAUGAAUGAUUUUAUAGUGAUUGAUCUGUAUUCAUCAUCAGACUCAUUCUUACUUUGGUUGGAGUCGAGCAACACUAGAGAGACAUGUGACAAUCAUGGUGUUUUAUGUUGUUGGGUUGAGUGGAGGGCAGAGUAUCUAAUUAAUGUGUAAGUCCACACUCUUGCAUUGCUUGCCGUUUGCUGCAAAUUUUGAUCCCUAAAACUUUCACGUCUACGACAGAUUUUUGUGGACUACUACCUACAUUGGUGCUUGUGUUUGAGAUAUAAUUUCGUGUGUUGCACUUAGGGUUUUGUUUUGCACUGCAGGUUUUUAGAGAAGACGUUUGUUGCAUCUGGAGGACAUUCUACAAAACCUCUUUAUCUUUUAACAAACAACGCGAUAGCGGUACCCAUAUUUGAUACCACACAAAAUGAACUGGUUAAUAAGGUAUGAUGGAUUUGAAGUCUUUGUUGUCACCAUCAGUUUACCAUCAUCACCCCACCAUCAUCAUCAUCAUAAACAUCAUCCCCCCAUUAUCACCAUCAUUAUCACCAUCAUCACCAUCUUUACCCCACUAUUAUCAUCAUCACCAUCAUCAUCAACAUCUUCACCCCCAUCAUCACGACCACCACCAUCAUCAUCACCACCAUCAUCAUCACCAUCUUGAUCAUUACACCAUCCUCGCCACCACCAUCAUUAUCACCAUCAUCACCAUUAUCAUUUUGCCACCAUUAUUACCCUGUUAUCAUCAUCAUCACCACCACCAUCAUUAUCACCAUCAUGACCAUUACACCAUUAUCACUGUGCUGCCACCAUCAUCGGCAUCAUUACCUCUUUCCACUUAGAUAAUCACAUACCAGAACGUGGCCAUGGCAGAGAAAUUAUGCUACCUCAAUGACUGGGAUCAUUUUGCUGUACCCAUCAGCGCUCUCGAGGCUGCACUAAAACAUGGCCAACUUGAUACUGUCGCUUUUUAUUUGAAGACUAAAGGCAAAGGUACUACAGCAUUUCCAGUGGCGUACAGUUCACGAAAUAUUGCGGGGAUUAGGUUGCCACCAUACGAACACCUUUUCUAGCCUGAAAUCAUGAUGGUUCUCUAAAAUUUUUGCCGUAAAUUUGAUGCAAUAAUAUAGCUUAAUUUAUAGCCUACCAAUGCUCUAAAGUAAAAAAUUAUCGUGAAAGCUUUGUUAUACAGUUAUUCAGCUAUCAUGUUUUAAAGACUUUCAGAAAUUACUGGGGGGAGGUUGCCCCCCUGGCACACCUAGUAUUUACCACUGAAUAUGUCUGAAAUUCAACUUGGCAAUAAGUAUGAUCAUAUUGUAAUAUUUCCUGACCGUUUACAUUUUCAACCAGCAAAACAUAUACGUUUUCACCAUUUAGCUUUUACUACAACAGCGGCUGAAAGUGAAACAGUAAACCCAGCCAGAGCUCUGUCACCUCUCUCACCUAGCAGCUCCUUCACGUCGAAACAUCUGUACAUGAAACCAAGUCAUUCCGAGGAUCUGAUGGAGCAAAUCAAAGCUGUUGUUGAUAUCUUACUACAGACUAUUACUGCGCGGUCUAAACGUAAGUGAUACGUAGCGUUAACUCAGCACGAUCGUAAACCAAACUAAUAAAGCAUUAAAUACAGUAGUACUUAAAGACCAUGUCAAGUCUGUUCUGCGCAUCAGUUAGAUCUGCUCAUAACAAAGGGGGACCCACAGAUAUAAACAUUGCCCAAAUUUUGCAUAUUUUGAACUUUUUUGAAUUGAAACAUACUCUAGCUUAUAUUCAUUUACAAGUAUAGCGAACCAGAAAAGUGUUAGAUAUUCAGUUAGUAUAUCAUAUUUUACAAAUAUAGCAGUUCAAAAUCUAAACAAAGGAUUUGUUGACAUUACGAACUUGACAUGAUGAAACCUAUCUACAGUAUACUUAAAGUGCCUAUGCAAGAAAAUUUUUUUUUAUUGAAUUGCAAAGUUCAUUUGAAAUCAUAAUGUAACUUUUUUUCUAAAACCUUGUUAUCUUUCCUGUGUAUCAAGAUGAUAUUGGAAUUUGUUUGGCAUGCAAAUAUAUGACUUAAGUGACGUCACACUGCAUAGUGUAUUUUACAGAAGACUGUGAGCCCAACUGUCUUUUAGUUUGAUAAAAUUGUCAUUAACUCAAAUUUGCAGACGAAAUGAUAGCUUUGAUAGUUCUUAAAGUGUAUAACUUUGAAUGUCAGUGGAAUUAUCACAUGUUUGGCGAGGAAACGUUUUCUUUCUAAAAACUCAUUAUGCAGUACGUCAUUUAAGUCACAUUUGCGUAUCAAACAAAGUCGAAAAUGUUGACAUACAGGAAAGAUAACAAAGUUGUAGAAAAUACUUUGCAAUUCGAUCAUAGAAAAAUUCUUGCAUAGGCACUUUAAUGUAGUCGGUCAUACAAGUCUCCGACGUGAAGUUAUGGAACAUCUGCGUCCUCUUUCGGUAGGCAAACACAGUGUGCAGUUUACAAGCCAACUGCUACAGAUGAGUCUGGACUACGUGAAUGGAUUGAUGCAAGAUGCAGUCAAUUAUCUAGAUCGAGAGAUGGGGAGUAAGGUGGACAGAGAGCGUGUUCCACACAUACUUACCUAUCUUACUGCCAAGACUAUGGAAUUGAGGGCAUUUCAGUACGGGAUACCAGCGUUUCGGGGUGAAGGCAGAGAGUGCCAAGACGAGGGAGAGAUACAGGAUAUUAUAUUUGAAAAAUGGUCUGGAAUGGACGAUAAGGUGAGUUUGUUUGGAUUAUACUGUAUACAGUCGAGAACAGUAUGUGCCAAGUGUAGGUAGUGGCAAUAAUAAUAAGAAAGAUUUGGAUUGGUAGGAAUGAAACUACUGUACCUGAAAAAUACAAGGAGAACUUCGAAGCGCCUUCGCUCGAAACGUCGAAGUUCUCCUUGUAUUUUUCAUGUAGUUGCAUCCCUAUGAAUCCGAAGCUUUCUACAAAGUCAAGAGUCGAACAGGUUGUUCCAUUAAAAAACUAGUUCAUAUAAUUCUAAGACUGCAGUGUACAAUGAAAAAUACUUUUUCUUAUCUUUCUGAGAAUGGUUCUAAAAAGAAUCGAAACAUUGCGCGUCCUCCAAUAUACAAGCGUUAAGACUCGCUACCAAUCUCUGUUGACUCGAUAGCUCAACCUAACAUUUUUAACUAUAUGACAUUUCAGGAUGUUAUCAGCGAUGCAAUUCUUAGCUGUCACAUUCCUUUGGCUCAAGGAUAUUUCCUGACUAAGACCGAGUCCAAUACAGCACACGACGGAUCUUUAAAGUACAUUAUCGAAACUGGACUGCGAAUUGUUUUGGAGGUUUUGGCAAGAAAAGAUAUCGCGACCGCAACAGAAAUGAUACGAAAUAUGGUACUGUCUUUGGUUUGAAGAUGUUAUAAAUCUCAUGUUAUAAGUUUUACCAACACUGAGCAUUUUGUUGUGUUCUUUCAGGGAGAGGAUGUAGUCCAACUGGUCAGAAAUAUUUGUCUGAAAACAUUUGAUCGUCCUUUGAGAGAUUACUUGGUAUGAUUUCAAUAAUCUAGGAGAGCACUCGUGAUCAAACUGAUUGUCGCUAGUCAAUAUAAAUAAAGUGACAGUAGACCAGUGGACCGAUAAAAGAGAGCUCUCUCUAGGAAGAAAAAUUUAGAUGUGAUAGAGCUAUCCAGUAUAGAUAAAGUUAUUUUAGUUCAGGUUUCCUCCUGUAGUAACACUGGAUCAAUAAGAGAUGAUAUCCUAACUGGACCCCCAAGGAGAACAGUUUAGAACUUAUGGAGGUACAUGUAUCCAGUAUAGAUAAAGUUAGUUUAGUUUAGGUUUCCUCCUGGCUGUAGUAACACUGGAUCAAUAAGGGGUGAUAUCUUUACUGGACCCCCAAGGAGAACAGUUUAGAACUGAUGGACUGAUGGAGGUAUCCACUAUAAAUACAGAUAGUUUAGUUUAGGUUUCCUCCCGUAACUGUAUCAAUGAGAAAUGUUCCUCACUGGACCUCUAUACAUUAGGGAAAACAUGCAGUUUAGAACUGAUAGAGCUAUCGAGUAUAAAUAAAGUCAGUUUAUUGGACACACAUAGUCAUUACUAACAGUACACUUCUAUUGUUUAGAUCGAGCAGCUGCAAAGUUGGGGAGAACUACGAGAAGAGGAGAUCAGUUCAGUGAAGUACCUCGCCACACUAGAAAGUAUUUAUGACAAUCAAUCAUUUGAAAGUUGUCAAAUACGACGAUCCCAGCAGCAAGAAGAUCUGUAAGUGAGGAUCACAGUGGUCAUACAUAAAGCAAGCCUCGUUUACUCUAUCAAAGUUUCUGUGAUCACAGUAGGAAUUUUGCGUAGGUAAAUUCAAAGUUUUGAAGGAUUUGUAAGAAAUCUUUUAAGGAAACUGACUCACUGUUUAACAUUAAGUCAGUUUCCUCAAACAUUUCUAACAAAUCCUUCUGAACUUAGAAUUUACCGAUGCAAAAUUCCUACUGUGAUCACAGAAAGUUGGACAGUGUGAACCUGCCUUUAAAGCCACAACUGAAUCAAACUUUGUUUUCAGUUUUGAUGACCUUGGUCUACUGCGGCAUUCAAUGGAGCCGCGCUCGCCACGCAGGAAAAUUGUUCCUGUCAAAACGGGCAGUAUUGCUCAACAAUAUCAAGCAUCAAUGGUAGGCAUAAAUUCAUUUUACAUGCAUAAGCUGCUAUUUCUGUGUCUGAACCGUACCCCAAAAAGAUUCAGAAUACUAUACCAUAUAUUCGAUGUAUUUAGAUAUCGCGUGUGGCGGGAGGUUACUGUGAAGUUUUACUGGACUGGAUUAUUUCUUGGGACACCAACACCAGAGAACGAAUCUUACUGGAAAUGUUGUCUCAUGAUGAAAAAGGUUAUUAUGAAAGAUAUCCCAAAGGAAAUUACCUGGGCACACUCAACUAUCUUUGUUUGUACUGGAUAGUUUUAUCACUUUUAAACUGUUGUUCCUAGAGGUCCCGUAAGGAUCAUCUCUUAUUGUUCCAAUGUUACUACAGGAGGAAACCUAAACUAAACUAACUUUAUUUAUACUGGAUAGCUCUAUCAGUUCUAAACUGUUGUCCCUGGACGUUCAGUAACAGCCAUCCUCUAUUGGUUAAGUGUUACUACAAGACGAAGCCUAAAUUAAAUAUUAUGUUACAAUUAUUUUAUUCAAUGUUUUAUCUGUAGCCUUCCAGAACAUGCAUUGUAUGGUAUCAGAAAAAUCUUUAUGGCAAUAUUUAAAAGCUCAUUGUGAGACAACUCGUAUUAUCGAGUGGAUUGUUAAUACUGCCCAAGCAGACGAGUCCUCAAACCUGCCUCCUUUAACACUGGAAACACGCAGUGAUCUGUCUGAAUGCACUGCCUUUGUUCAAGAAUUUAUCUUAGAUGAACUAACUAGGUACAGUGUUAGAAUAAAGUUAUCCUACAGUACAUACACGUACGUACAUAUUAUACUGCAUUGAAUUUAAAUUCAAGUAUUGAAAGAACUAAGAUUUAACUUUACACUGGGAAAUUAUUUUGGUGGCAAUCUUAAUUUGCCCGCGCCCCCCAACCCCCACCCCCUCCGCCUAUAUUUGACGAAGUGUCCACCACAGCCAGCUUUACAGCUCCAGAUUUUGCUCUGAGUUAUCACCAUGACACUACCCAAAUUGUGCCUUUUAUUCCAAUGCUGAAAACCGUGUCUAUAAAGCUUACCGAAAACAGGCAUAUCUUAGUUUAUAGCCAUAGUACAAAACUGUGGCCAAUAGAAUAGAACAAAGGUAACUAGACAUUAGGAAUAUAUGUAUUAUCCAGUCAUGUAGAUAAUUACAGAGCUUAGUUACUUUUGUUCUAUUGUAUAUUUCUGUAAACUAGAAGAAUAGUAACUAGGUAUGUGAGUUAUCUAAUGUUGUCAAGAAACGUUAGCCAAAUUUGUCUAUUACAUUUCUACGAUAAUUUUUCAUUUCAGAAAUGGGCUUUUUUCAAGCAACCUACUACAAGACUUUCCCCGCCUUCUUCGACACCUUUGCCGCACCGACACGCUGUUUAUGAAAAUCCAUCCGCUGCAUGAAGUUGCAAAGACGUGUGGUCCGAGUCAAGAACCUGGACCCGAGGCUGUACACUCCACCAAAACAUUUCACCAGAAGUUGAUCAAAUAUUGCUCCGAAAAUAAUUUCAUGAAUUUGUUGUAUUAUUAUUUGGAUUUUUACAGGUAAACUGUGCUUUUGGAGAAUAGUGAGACCUUUAGAGAGAACAGUUUAGAACUGAUAGUACAAAUAAAGUUAGUUUAGUUUAGGUUCCCUCCUGUAGUAACACUGGAUGAAUAAGAGAUGAUCCUUACUGAACCUCUAAGGAGUACUAGGAAGAACAGUUUAGAACUGAUAGAGUUAUCCUGUACAAAUAAAGUUAGUUUAGUUUAGGUUUCCUCCUGUAGCAACACUGGAUCAAGAGAUGAUCCUCACUGAACCUCUAGGGAGAACAGUUUAGAACUGAUAGAGCUAUCCAGUACAAAUAAAGUUAGUUUAGUUUAGAUUUCCUCCUGUAGUAAUAUUAACUGGAUCAAUAAGAGAUUACUUUUACUGGACCUCUAAGAACAAACGAAACGAUGCAGCUAUCUGGUAUAAUAUAUGAGCAGACGUUAACAAGAUUUUGAUGUUUUGUUUAUUUAUAUCAGACUAUGCCAGACCACGGAUGAAUGUGAAGAACUUCUGUCUGAUGGUGUCGACAAUGAAGUUGAUAUGUUACUGAAAUUUCGUCUGGUUGGUUUGUAUCCUUCGGGUAAGAUUUCAAAAAAUGGCGAAUUCUGUUCCAAACUAUUUUCUAUGCUUAUUUUCUAUUUUAUUUCAGAUCCGUCAGUGAUGAGCUCGAUGAGUUUUUCAAACAGCAAAGCGAUAUUUCGGUCAACGUCCUUCUCCAUCAGGGAAAUGCUGGACAACAAGCGACCAAUCAUGGCAAUCGCAACCUGUCUAUACGCACCUGUUGCGAUGGCAAAGGUAACGGAAAUUUGCUUUGGUUUCUGGAAACACCACGAAUAAGAUGCGCAUGCUCAUCUCACACAUGUCGCACGAUUCCCCGUUAUUUCACGGAACUCACAGGACGUCGGUAGCGCAAUCAUCCAAGCAAAUGUCUUUCACCUUGGAGAUCGCGGAUUCCGAUUCUCACUGUGGAAUCAUGACACUUAUGUGAAAAGAGUCGGUCAAUGUUCUACCGAACGUCGUGGGUACUCCGGUUUCCUCGAAAUUCCUCCCACAGGAAGUGUUGACAGUGUGGGUUGGGAUUAUCCCCCUAACUGACCCUUUCACCGUGGCUGUGCUCCAUGAUCAGACAGAGUCAUAAAGGCCAUUUUCCAUUGCAGUCGCUUUGCCCGCGCGGGCGGAGCGACCAAUUUUAAUCAUGUGAAAAAAUCAGUCGCGCGGGCACGCCAAGAAAGUUGAAUGUAGUUCUACUUUCAUGGCGUGUCCGCGAGCAUUCAGGCGGACAAAAAAUGCACAGGUUAGGCAACUACAGAGAAAGUUGAGUAAUGUUCGCUCCGCCCACACGGGCAAAGCGACUGCAAUGGAAAUUGGCCUUAAGCUGGCUGCCAGAGGCCUUCUUACAAAGCCUUCGACUCGAGCAGGUUGAGUUGCGUCCUUCGCAAUUCAGCUUAGUUCUCAGCUGCAAGUAAGGAUGAUUAAUAAUUAUUUAUUUGUUUGUUUGGCUAUACUUGGAAACUUAAUGAGCGCAAAUAUUAUUCCUUCACUCACAAAAUGUAUGAUCCAUAUUGCAUCGUCUUUUUCACAGAUUUUAAAUCCCAGUACAAGAAGUGAAGAUGUUUGGCAUUUGGAUGAAAGAAUUUUAAGAAGUUCCCUCAGCGGUUAUCCUAGACUAUCUUCUGCUUUGUUCCCAAGAUCUGCCAACCAGAACCUCAAGGAAAAUCCCGAUAUCACACUCUACGAACUGCUACAGGUAAUUCCUACAGAUCGGAAGACCCACUUUUCUGUUGUGUUUAUUUCCUGUAUGUAAGAAAUGAAAAAUGUUUCGCUGGCGUUCACUGAGUUUUUGAAGCUUGAAAAAAUUAGCCUCAGUGCAAGUCGCAAAUCAACUCAUGAGAUAACGGUCUAAACAACGUGGAAUUUUCGGUAUAGCGUAGUUUGAGCAUGAAAAUUUCAAUUCUGGGACUAUUUUUGCUAAAGUGCUGUACAUAUAUAGCGAGGUGGAAAAUUGAUGACGGUAGCUAAGAAAUUAUGUUUGUAUUUUAUUUGAUGGCUUGGUUCGGGUCUCAAAUUUAAUGGUAUUCAUGGUUUAUUGUUGUUUUAGGGAAAUUGCUCGUUUGAAAUCUCUGGCUUGUUUUCAUGGCAAUCGACAAAUAAUCUGGCAAUAAAUGGAGGUACAUGAUUAUAGAUGGAAAUUACGAGUGUAAUUUUUUGCCAUUUAUGAGACUCGACCUAUAGGCAACUAAGCCUAUAUUUGCAUUUUUACCAACUGCUCCUGGUUGGGUUGAUAAAUGUAUAAAUAUGUCCAAUAUAGCCAUCGGUUGUCAGGUGGUGAAGAUGGUGUAAGGUCAAAUGCUUUGUUUGUCAGAUGCUUUGUUUGUCAGAUGCUUGUAGUGUGGCGUCAGAUGGUGUAGGAUGGUUAGAUACCCAGCUGUUGUCUGGUGGUGAAGAUGGUGUCAGGGGGGGGGGGGGUAUUUGUUAACCUACAAUUGUGCAUAUAUUGUGUUGCCUCGUUCUUUCAAAAACAUUUAUACCAACACUACAAUUCAAUUGUGCAUGAUAUACAGUACAGUAUAUUGUGUUGCCUCGUUCUUUAAAAAACAUCUAUACCAACACUACAAUUCAAUUGUGCAUGAUAUACAGUACAGUAUAUUGUGUUGCCUCGUUCUUUCAAAAACAUCUAUACCAACACUACAGUUCAAUUGUGCAUGAUAUAUAUUGUGUUGUCUCGUUCUUUCAAAAACAUCUAUACCAAUAAUGAUAAAUAGUUGGCCCGGGCUAGCGAUCAAAAUCUUUGCUAAAAUAAAUACAUUUUAUGUCGCUCGUAGGUGUAUCAACGGACAUGCCUCAUUUCUCACACAAGGCGCUGGUGGAAAGAUUCGGACACAAAGAAACUCUGACUUAUGUUUAUUUCCUGAGACAUGGUCGACCCUCCUUCGCAUAUGCCUCCUUCAUGACAAAAUACCAGCACAGGAAAUAUAUUCCAAAAACAAGGUAUAGUAAACUAGAUAAUACAAUUAUCACUUGUAUUCCCGAGGUCUCAGUAAAUAAGUGUUUUACUAUAUAACAAGUGUCAAACAGUCAAAGUUUCAAUAAUUUAAAAAAAAAUCAAACUCAAAUUCUAUUCCCAACUCAAAUUGAAUUCCCAGCUCAAAUUCAGUUCCCAGCUCAGGUUCAAAUUGCAGCUCAAAUUAAAUUUCCAGCUCAAAUUUAAUUCCCAGCUCAAAUUCAAUUCCCAGCUCAGGAUCAAAUUGCAGCUCAAAUUCAAUUUCCAGCUCAAAUUCAGAGAGUUAAGUGUUAGCGCCUGGUGUUAGCGCGCGAACAACAUCCUGUUAUCGUCAACAUCCCUGCUUUCUCAUUGAUAGUGUCACGAAAGCGACAAAGAAAACUUAUCAACUGGCUGUCACACAUUUCGACAACAACCGCAUUGUAUUCAGUUGUGUGGCGUUCCUAGAACUACUUUCUGUCGACACCACGUUUCUCAGAAUCGACGUCGCCGCCGCCAAACGUUGCUUACAUCCGGGGAACAAGGGGGAACUCCAGUGUUCCACGAUCGAGGAAUUGAAAAAUAUUGUAGUGGCGAAAUUAUUGAAGUGUGCUAGAGACAAACAGCAGAAACCUAAGGUGUUGGUCAGGAUUUUGGAAUCGUCGACCAAGAGUAUUAUUAGCAAAGAAGGCCUUGAACGGUUAGUUGGGUUAAUGUAUUUAGUGAAUGGACCUACUUCCUAAUGAACAAAAUUUUGAUCUGGACAAGUCUACACAAAAAUUUUAUCACAGCUUAUCAAGUUUCGUUGCGAAAUGUUGUAAAAUGCGGAUAAUAUAGCCGUGCGAAGUUUGCCGUUUUUCAGUCAUUUUGUAUUACGCACGGGAAAUUGAUACCUUUUUUUUAGAAAGCGGUAUCAAUUUCCCGUGCUUGAUACAAAAUGACUGAAAAACGGCAAACUUCGCAAGGCUAUAUUAUCCGCAUUUUACAACAUUUUGCAACGAAACUUCGGAAUAUUACUAAUUUUGUGGUGCUCUUUCAAGCUGUGGUUAAAUGUUUGUCUAGACUUGUCUAGAUCAAAAUUUGUUCAUUAGGGAGUAGGUCCAUUUGUCUUGAAUAAUGUUCUCCCUAGAGGUCCAGUAAGAGUCAUCCCUUAUUGAUUUGGAAACUGAAGUACUUUCUCACUGAAUUGUAAGCAGACGACGAGUGUAUAUUGCAGGAUGAAACAUUGGCAAGAGAGACGAAAUACACACACACUGAACGAACUAAAUGUAUUCCUGUCGUUUCAGAACGUCAAGAGAAGCCAGUCAGUAUUGGUCAUUACCUGUUCUGUUCUGCCGUUCACACAACAUGACCCUAACACCUGCGUUCUUGAUUGACUGUGCAAAGGCUGACAAGUGGCUGACAUUCUUAUGUCAUGCACAGGCAGCUCAGUUUCCUAAAAAUCAGGUAUGAUGUCAAACCCCGGUACAGCACACUCUGAUUUAGAUACUUAAGCCCGGUCAACCGAGGAUGAGAGUUGAUCAGAGUUGGCCGUCACGCAUUGUUACAGGGAUAUUUCAAGCUCUAGAUUAGCAAAAUAAAGGUUUGAUGAAUGUUCCAACUAUGUUUUAACUUAAAUAUAAUACAUGAUAGUGUUGGGAAAGCAUUAAGAACAGCUAACCAAGCUCGCGUGACUGCCAACUCUCGUGCACUCUCAUCCUCGUGUGAUCCGGAAUUUACAGUACCAACACGACGCAAUAUUACUAUCCUAACCUCUCUAGGUGUUGAGUAUUGCCCAACAUCAUUUUGACAGCAAUACUCUGAAAGAACAUCUUCAUCAAGCCUUGGUUAACAUUGUUACGGUGGAUAUCAAAGACGGUGGGACCCCAAAACGGAAAGGGAAGGUAAUUUUGUGCACCAAACCUAUACCAAACGAUGUUUAUUUAUACUGGAUAUGUCUAGCAGUUCAAAACUGUUCUCCCUAGAAGUCCAGUAAGGAUCAUCUCUUAUUGAUGCAGUGUUACUACAGGAGGAAACCUAAACUAAACUAACUUUAUUUAUACUGGAUAGUUCUAUCAGUUCUAAACUGUUCUUCCUAUAGAGUUCCCGUAAGAAUCAUCUCUUAUUGAUGCAGUGUUACUACAGGAGGAAACCUAAACUAAACUAACUUUAUUUAUACUGGAUAGCUCUAUCAGUUCUAAACUGUUCUCCCUAGAGGUCCAGUAAGAAUCAUCUCUUAUUGAUGCAGUGUUACUAAAGGAGGAAACCUAAACUAAACUAACUUUAUUUAUACUGGAUAGCUCUAUCAGUUCUAAACUGUUCUUCCUAGAGGUCCAGUAAGGAUCACCUCUUAUUGAUCCAGUGUUACAGUAGGAUGAACUCUAAACUUUUUUCCAAUUUUCAUUCAUUGUUCAGUUUCCUCCAACAAGAAGGGACAUUCGUUCCCAAUACCUUUCACGUGUUAUCGGAGUCUCGCAGUCACCCGGAAAAUCCGAAAUGAUGUCAAAGACUCCGGAAAGACCCGAACCACAGGCGGCAGCUGGCGAACCUGCAGAAGCGUCAACUGAGCUUGAGUUUGAACUGGAUAGCGAACUGAAAUUGGAUGAAGGGGAAGGAUUGGAGGAUGAGCAUGAACUGGAAAUGAAAUCUGGAGUAACUGCCACGAAUGGUAGGGAGAAGUACAGGGCUUUAGAU